CUGAAGUCCUACUCUGCAUUGCAAGUGGAGGGAAAAGCAAAAACGUCUUUUUCUUGACAACCGAUUGACUUAAUAAAUAAUGGGGGAACGUCGUUCUGCAAGGUCUCAUAAACAAGUUAACUAUGCCAAGUUUGAUGAUGAACUGGAUGAUGAUUUUGUGGACUCGACACCACCACCAUCUAAAAAGCAGAAGAAAAUUGAUAUCAAAGAAUGUACACAAAAGGAGAAGAAGAAAGAUGAAAAUGUGACAAGUUUUCACAAUGCUGAAAUGAAGAAAGCAACAGCAAAUGCCAAACGGGUGCCAGUGGAAGAAAAAGUGUAUGAACGAGAUCUGCAAGCAGCCCUUGAGCUCUCUCUCGUCAACACUCAGAAUAAUAGAGAAUGUUCUCCAGACCAUGUUCAUCACAGCAUUCCUGCAACAGAGAUAGCAGCUAAAAGAUUGGAUGACAUCCAAUUCAAGAAAAUGCAGUCACCUGUGAAGUCUGUGUCUGGUACUGGUGUUCCAGACACCGAUGAGAUUGAAUUUCUUGGGACUGUUGUAUGCAGUGCCAAUAACUCACCACAACCAAGACGGCAAGCAGCAGCCAUGAAAGACUUUAAUUCUGCUGAUGAUAGUGAAAGUUCUGAUGAGGAGGACUUAAGUGCUGAUGAAGAAUAUACUAGUGACUGUAGUGACAAUGACAGUGAUUUUGAUGGUGGCAGUAGUUCAAAAAGGAAAGCAACAGAUAAAUCAAAGACAUCGUCAUCACUGAAAAAAACAGUUGCAAAAAAAUCCACACCAAAAAUUUCUUCCAAGAAAAGCAAGAAAUUUGGAGUUGAUGCACAGAAGCAGAGUGUAUCGAAUCCUGUUAGUGAGCAUUUGACAUCUUCAACAGCCUUGUCUCGUUCUUCAGCAUCAGGCUCAGGGAACAACCCUCUGUCAUGCAGAAAGCCUGCUUGGACCCCACCAGGUCAGAGUGAUGGCACCAAGACACCCAAGAGCUUAGCUUUGAAAUCACCCUCAUCAGGUCUUCGUCUUGGCCUAUCUCGUCAUGCUAGGAUUAAACCACUGCAUUCGUCGCCUGUUGUGAGCAGAUCUUGAGGCAAAAGGUGUUUUACAAAGACUUACAGCAAGUCUGAAUUUCACUGUGAUAAUGUAGAGACCAGAAUUGUGCUAGAAGUGGCACCUUGACCUAAGCAUGGUUUUCAUACUGUACAUAUUCCAGAGCGAGUGAGUGUGUGUGUGUAGAUGCAUCAUCUGGAAUCAAAGAGUUGCUCUUAGCAAAUUUCAAUAAAAGUUUAAAAGCUUUUUACCAGAUGAUUGUCACAGUUUAAUGCAGCAUCUUUAAGUUUUGAAAGAGUUUGUGUCCUGAAAACAUUUCUAAACUUUAUGGCAGAAUAUUUUGAUCCUAAGAUGUUGAAGAGGAGCAAAAAAAGUGAAACAACUUCAUCAAAAAAUAAGGUUGUUAGUAAUUUGUUCGUUUAACUCAUAGUAUUAAAUUCCUGUUUGUCAACUGCAUUGCCUGCAAAACACUGCAAUCAACAGUUACCACUUUAGAGACUUUCAAG